AUUGCGAUGUUUAGUUGGGGACAAUUCAGACGUGUUGUGGGUACUGUCACAGAGGUCAGAACCAGUGUGAUAAGUCAACUGCAAUUAAGGAAAAUAGCGAGUGAUCAGUUGAGAUAUUCAUCAUCAAUGGCUGAUAAGUUCAAAUUGCCUUCUCGGUAUGGUACCGGUGAAAAAAGUGUGUGGGUGGAAUAUAUCCAGUUAGCUGCCGAAUACAAACCGGCUGUGAACCUAGGUCAAGGCUUCCCUGAUUAUCCUCCACCAGGACAUGUCACAAAGGCUCUUGCAGAAAUAGCUACAGGAGAUAAUCCUCUCCUUAACCAAUACACAAGAGGUUUUGGGCAUCCCAGAUUAGUACAAAAUUUAUCUAAGGUUUAUUCUCCAUUAAUUGGAAGAGAAUUGGACCCCUUCAAUGAAAUAUUGGUAACAAGCGGAGCUUAUGAAGCUCUCUUCUCUGCUAUUUUAGGUCAUGUGGACACUGGAGACGAGGUUAUCGUGAUAGAACCAUUCUUCGAUUGCUAUGACUACAUGAUAACUUCAGCUGGUGGUGUGAGCAAAUUCAUAGCUCUAAAACCAAAGUCGAAUAGUGACAACAUGACAUCAGCUGACUGGGUGCUCGAUGAGGAAGAACUGACGUCACUGUUCAACGAGAAAACUAAGAUGUUAAUUCUGAACACCCCCCACAAUCCCUUGGGGAAGGUUUUCACGCGUGCCGAAUUAGAAGUGAUUGCUAAUCUAUGCAAGAAACAUAAUGUGCUGUGCAUUAGUGAUGAAGUAUACGAAUGGAUGGUGUACGAGCCACAGAAACAUAUCAGAAUAGCUACUUUGCCGGGCAUGUGGAAUCGUACCAUUACCGUGGGUUCUGCUGGCAAAACGUUUUCCGUGACCGGCUGGAAGAUUGGAUGGGCAUACGCGCCCGCCAACCUGAUGAGGAACUUGCAAGUGGUACACCAGAACUGCGUGUAUACAUGCAGUACGCCUAUACAAGAAGCAGUAGCCCGUUCAUUCGAGUAUGAGCUCGAACGGUACAACACGCCCGAAUGCUAUUUCUUCUCUAUCGCUCGUGAACUAAUGCCUAAACGGGACUAUCUAGUUAAAACACUCAGGGAGAACGGAUUCAAUCCCACAAUCCCUGAAGGGGGUUAUUUCGUUGUCGCCGAUUGGACGAACCUAGCUGAUAAGAUAGACUUAUCAUCCGAGCCGGAUAAGUAUAAAGACUACAAAUUUACUAAGAAAUUUGCAAAAGAAGCCGGAGUACUGACCAUCCCACCCACCGCAUUCUAUUCCGAGGCACAUAAACAUUUGGGAGAGAAUUAUGCAAGAUUCUGCUUUAUUAAAAAAGACGAAAACUUGCAACUGACUGAUAAGCUGCUUAGAGAAUGGAAUGCGAAGAAAUAGAAUAAUACUCAUGUGAUAUAUAUCUUUUUAUAUAAAUAAAUUUGUAUAUAUUAUC